AUGACCGCAGCCCACCAUGGACCCUGGACCCCCAUCGAGAUACGCGCAGCCUCCUUUCCUUGGCCAUCUUCAGAGAGCCGUCGCCUGAGGAGCCUGCCAUUGGGACAUCGCCAGCUUCAACAACACACAAGAACACCACCCGACCCUAAGGGUAUCAAGCCACGCACACACUGGUCUCUUGAGAGCUGGGUGUGCACCACAACCGCAACCGACCGCACCGUUGCACGCGACCGAACCCUCGGGACGGCGCGGACUGUUGCGGGGCGCGCCGGUAGACCAAGUCGCCGUCAAGCUUAA